AUGGCGGAGACCGAUGACCUCGAGGCCUUGAUCGGGCGUAUCCCUGAACGUCCCCCCUCGACGACGACCCCAAAUCUCCGCUGUUGCUGCGGACGCGCAGAUUGUGCGUAUCUGAAGCACAACUGUUCGGCCCUUGAUGAUCUGGAGCAAGAGGUGCGAACAGCGGCGCAGUUGGGCCAAGCUCUCCUCGUUCGCCAUGAGGCGUAUAUGGUCGAUGCCGAACGCGACCGGUCAGAGAUGAAUGGCAGGAUUGAGAAACUCGAGGCCGACAGGAGGGAAUUGGAAGCCCGAAACGCGAAGACGGUCGCUGAGAAUCGCGCGUUGCUGGAUCAGUUGGAGGGUCUCAAUACCACGGUCUCCGAAUCAGAGUUGCAUAUCAAAGCCCUCGAAGCCACCUUACAAUCAGCGCACCAGGAGCUCCGUAGGCUCGAGGGGUUGGCAGCAAGGACCCAGGAUUUGGAGGUUCAGUUGGCAGCUUUGGAACAGGAGCAGGAGGCGCUGCAGAGGGCCGUUUUGAAGAGUGAGGCGGAUGAACGCUCGGCGAUACAGAGAUGGAAACAGGCGGAGAGGAGACUCUACGACUUGCAAGAUCAGUUGGAAAGGAUUGAGCGGGAGGCGCGUGAGGAGAGGGAACGACAUGCCGAGGUUCUGGGACGCAUGGAGAGACAACGCAAUGUGGAAAGAGAAUUGGAUACAGCUGCUGGACGACUCAAGGGAGCUGCAGCCUUGGCCGCUGGCAAUACCAAGAACGGCAGCAGUGUUAUUUCCCACUUUGUCAAAGACAUUCUGCAAGAUAACGCGAAUCUGCAGCUCGGGAUCGUCGAGUUGCGUGAGAUGUUGAUGGACUCAAAUGAGGAAGUCCAGGCGCUACGAGAGCAGUUGAUGAUGCACCAGCCCGUGGCUGAGGACAAGGGAGAUGGUAAUGGCCCUCCGACGCUGCGAGCAGAGCUUGCUCCUAAAGAGGAUCGUGAGGCAAAAGCCUUACCGCCGGCGCUUCACAUACAUCACCAUUAUCAUGCCCCGAAGAGGGAGGAAGUGCGGCGACCGAAGAAGAAACGCACAUCUAUUAAUACGGUCUUAACACCACCUAAGAUCGUCUCACGUCCAAUGACGCCAGUUAGGAGCCAAGAAACGGCGAGCGCGAUAUUGUCGCAAACAUCUGUUACGAUACCGACUCCGAUUACGCCCAAUCGCUGGUCAACGCAAUCUGCUCAGAUGUCGGAUUUCACGCCCUCCUCAGUCCCAAGCUCACCACAAUCAAUGUAUCGAAAUAACGCAUUGUUUGAUAGAAGCUUCGAUCUUGAUUCAUCACGGCCAACGUCACCGGGAUCGAGUGUCGACCCAGGAUCACCACAAUUCCCACCUCCCCGCCAUCGUAAACGUGGCUCAGAAGUAUCCACACGCAGCUUUGUGGCCCCCAGUAACUUCCAACCACAAGUCAUCCACGAAGAAGAGGAUGGUGAUAUAGAAGAAGUCCAGGACUUAAAAGCACCCACCGUGCCGCUGUCACUGGAAGACGAGUUGACCACUUCGGACAUCCCAAACCAAUCUGAUCUCGUCGCUGGAACUCUUGAGGAAGAAUGGACCCCCUUCCAACCCUCCCUUCGCCGCUCAACGUCACAUGAAUCCAUCCUCUCUAUCUCAGGCAUCGAUAUCCAUACUCUCAAAAUGCGACCUUCGCAAAUGACCAUCACGGGACGCGGCCUGCAACCACGUUCUAGAGUCGGAACCCCAACAACAUCCAUGUCUUCAGUAGAUACCCUGACCAGCUCAUCAAUGGUCACCGCCCUUCCCACGCUUUCUCGCCAAACUCUAAACAGCAGCGCCUACCUGCGCUCCAGCAUAGGAACCAGCAGUAGCAACAGCGACGUCCGCUCCAUCUCAUCCUCCCACUCCAACGAGGGCGGCAUCGGAAAGAAAGUCGGCGGCUGGGUCUUUGGGCGCUGGGGUAUGACGCCUGCCAAAUCCACCAGCGAUCUCCGAUCCUCCCCCGGGCCACUACGACCUCCCCCGCAGCGAAUUUCCAGUACACCUAUCGACCCGCUCAAAUCACAUUUAGCUCGUCCGCCAGGAAUCAACCAGAACGGACCCAUCCCAGGGUUCGUGAAGAAGACAGACAAACCUCCGAGUAAAGUCACGCCAGAAGUCGUGGAUCGAGAUGCUCUUAGAGAGAUAUUGAUGGAAGGUGGAUUGGGUUGA